GGAUUUUCCCACAAUCCCGGCACUGACCCACUCGACUCAGCUCUCUCAAGAUGGACGAGAUGGCGGCGGCAGAAGACUGGGUAGAAUACAUAGUUGAAAGUAAACAAUUAGAAGAAGAUUCACCUCGGCCUAUGCGUCAUGGUGAUGUUAGGGUUGCCUGGGAUGAUGAAAAGGACUCCGACGACGAGGUAACCGACAUGACCGAGCCUCUUCAUCAGCUUGAAAGUCCCCGUAUUAAGCGCCCGGAUAUCCCAGAUGAAAUGUUAAAUGUACAUUGCGAGUCUGGUAGUCCCAUCGUCCUUCACACUUUAAAACCAACGUUUGAUGAUUUGAAGUUAUUACCCGAUUCUUCUGGAUCACGGCUGACACAACCAGAGCCCGUGAUCAAGUCACCGCAUCAAAAGAAUGAUCUUCAGGUAGACAGUCGUGGCAUAUUGAGAGGCUCCUGUAGUCUUUGCAAGAACUGUACGAACUUCAAAAGAGGUUCGGAUCAUUCUAAAGUACUCUGUGUCAUUUGUGGACACCCUCCGGCUAAGCAUCAAAACCUUGGAACAGGAAAGAGACCUCCUAGCCCUACUAGGUUCCCUGAUCCGUCAGUGACUCCUGAUCCACCUCCAUCAUUGAAUGUUAACAGAAGCUCAUAUGUACCCUCCCUUUCCAUUCCACGUUAUCAUGAUGUUACGUCUUCACUUUUUGAUAUUACAGAUGAAAGGUGUGUUGCUAACUUUGGCGAAGGUGCCACAUUUAAAUCCAUGUGUGCAGUUAACGGAUGCCCUAAUGUAACUACAUUUGAUGAGAACAGUGGACACAGUUCCCAGUUCUGUGACGAACAUCAAAGUAGGCCAUUAUAUGUAGGCCAGACAGUAGCUAAUCAACAAAGUGAACUUAUAUCAGUAGUUGAUGAUAAAUGUAUGAAUCCAAAUUGUUUUAAACAAAAGUGGAUCGAUGAAUAUGGACAAAUGUAUGAUUUUUGUGGAAAAACUUGUCGUGACAAGUAUAAGAAGCAGUCGUCAGUCAUAGAUAUAGACCCUCAGCUUAAGUGUUCAAAUCCAAGCUGUUUUAGACCAAAAUGGAAGGAAAAAGAUGGAAGAAUGCAUGAUUUUUGUGGAAGGUCAUGUCGGGAUGCAUUUAACAAGCAACCACCAAAACCUACUGGAACUCCUUGUUUAUUGCCAGAUUGUAGUCAACCAUGUUAUGUUGAUCCUAAAACAGGAACAAGUGAAACAUUUUGUGGGCAGUCCCACAAUGACCAAGCAUACAAGCAAAUAUUAGUGGAGUUAUGUGCCACUAGAGAUGAAUAUAAGAAAGUAGCAACUCGUUUCAAUAAAGAAUGGGUAAAGAAGCCACCACCUCCUACAAUUGAAGCUAUUUUUCAAAUAUUCAAUAAGAAAAAUGAAAAUGCGUUUGAUAAAUAUAGGCAAGAUAUUUCGUCAUCUCAAGAGCCACAUUUUCAUGGAACUUCUCUGUUGUGUGAUGUAAAAGCUAACAAGACUCCGUGUGUUAAUCCCAAAUGUGGCAUUUGUGGUAUUAGCAGAAGAGGGUUUGACCCAGCUCUCAAAGGCUAUAAUAUUCCUCGCUUUAAACGUUUUGGAGAGGGGUUUUAUCUUGCUCCUAAUUCAUCCAAAUGUCACGAUUACACACAGGGUUUUGUUGAUUAUCGUGCAAUGCUGCUCUGUGAUGUUGCACCUGGAAACAAACAUGUUGUCAAAAAUGACCAGACAAAAUUGAUGGGGCCUCCAACUGGUCAUAAUUCAGUAUAUGGUGCUAGUGGAGGUGCACUGAAUUAUGAUGAAAUUGUCCUGUACAAGUCUGAAGCCAUCAAUCCAAAAUACAUUAUAUUUUAUAAACGGGACAGCAUUCACAAAAUUGCUAAAUAAAAUUGUAUUAUUAAAUUAUUAUUCAAGUUUCUGUUAGAAGAGUUUAAUUAUUUUUUGUCCCCUGUUUGUGAGCUCUCAAAACAA